CCCCCCUCCAUUCUCCUGGCGGCGUCGCUUCAUUCCUUCGCUGCCCACUCUGUGCCGUCAUCUCCCAGCCAUUCACAUGCCUGGCUCGUACCUGCCAUGUUUUGAUGUCAACCAACUACUCGCAAAUUCCAACCUCAGCAAUCAGUUGAUCCGACCUUUGACUGCGUCGUUCCUCUCCUCAUUGCUGCGUUCUUCUUUGUACUCGAUCACAGCGUUCGAAGUUGUCUGCUCUUUGUCUGCGCUUUGGUUCUCAUUCCCUGCCCCUUCGGCCAUGGACCGUCGAUGACCGGCCACCAUCAUGAUUCUGCGGCCCUCGAGAAAGCUCGCUGGGCCAAUGUAUCGUCGAAAGUCGGGCCUGAUUGCGGCUCUGCUCGCCCUGUUUCUCUUCCUCCUCUUCCUGCAAACUCGAGUUCACCAUGAACCUGCUGAACCUCCUCCCCCUGCCCGCCCCGAGUCUGCCCCCGAAUCUGUGCCUCAAGCGGACUCCGAGCCGAAGCCGCCAGCCAAGAUUGAGAACCCCCUCCUCGACAGCCAGGCCGCGUUCUGGCGGAGUCUCUAUCUGAUCAUCCUGAACAAUGAUCCCAAUUGCAGGAAUGCCCCCGACCUUGUGGUGCCGCAGAAGCUCGAUAUUGGCUUCGAUCCCACCCACGAUCAUCCUCGACCGGAUAUCCUGUACAUGGAUACCGCCGACGUCAAGCGCAUGCGUGAGGCCCAUUCCAACUUUGUCAAUGACUUGAAAAGCAAUCCUCCCAACAUACCAUAUCAGCCGGGCACUCGUGGCAUUGUCAUGACAGGAGGCUUCACCCAGCUCCCCGUCUUGGUCAUCUCGGUCCGCAUGUUACGAAGAGCCAAGUCCGAGUUACCAGUCGAGGUUUUUGUGGCCGAUCCGUCCGAAUGGGAUGAGCAGGUCUGCAAUGUUGUCCUACCGGCCUUGAACGCCAAAUGCCUUCUCCUUUCCGACGUCUUUCAUGCCGCUAACGCGGGUGUGUCGAUCGAUCGAUUUCAGUACAAAAUCAUGGCUAUCCUAUUCUCCUCGUUUGAAGAAGUCCUGUUGCUUGAUUCUGACGCCUUUCCAGUACACAAUCCUCUUCCGUUGUUCCAAGAAGAGCCCUUCAAGAGCAAUGGAUUGGUCGUCUGGCCGGAUUUCUGGUACGCAUCUGAAUCUCCCUACUAUUUCGAAAUCGCCAAAAUCGACAGGAUCCCCUCCUUGAAUGAGCGGGCUGCCGUCGAAUCAGGUGAAGUCAUGUACUCCAAAGCCAAACAUCACUUGUCGCUUCUCCUCGCCGCAUAUUACAACUAUUACGGGCCUACCUAUUACUAUCCCCUGCUCUCCCAGGGUGCGCCCGGCCAAGGCGACAAGGAAACGUUUGCUUGGGCUGCUACCGCCCUUAAGGAGCCUUUUUACGCCGUGCACCAACGGGUCAUGGCUGUCGGCCGACACGAUUCUUCUGGCAACUAUCUCGGUAGUGCAAUGGCUCAGCACGACCCUGUCGCUGAUUACACAUUUACGAAUGCCUAUGGCCCUCCUCACGAGCGAGUUCAAGAUGUUGACACCGGCAAGGACAACCACUUCGAUAUUCAGGCUAGCGACAUUAAACCCUUCUUUAUCCACGCCAACUUCCCCAAAUUUGAUCCAGCCACCAUAUUCGAUCAUCAAAUGGUAGACUUUUCAGGCCAAGUGUCUGGCGCCGGGGGGCCGACUCGAGACACAAACGGCACCAACGUCCGCUGUUGGAUGAACGAAGCUCGUGCCAUUGAGUUAUUCGGGUUCGACGUCGAGCGCAGGUUCUGGGAAGAAAUCAAAGACACUGCUUGCGAGAAUGAGCAUCAGUUUGGCACGUGGAAAGGCAGGCAAGGAAUCUGCGAGAGGACUAGGAAGUACUGGGACGAUGUGUUCGGUUCAGAUGCUGCACUCGAAGAUCGACAGAAUAUGGGAACAUCAGUUGAAAUGCCCGCGCCACCUUGAAAGAAGCCAGCUUGUGAGCUCGCGUCUCGCAUUGUCCACCUACUGACGCGACUUCUCCAUCCGACGGGAGCACGAUUCCCGCAAGUUGAUAAUAAUAAGCUCAUCCAAAAGAGCAUCUACGCAUAUAUGUCCAGGACAGUGAAGUUUUUGCACAUUUCUGGCGCACAACCAAGGUUCACACUGAAGGUAUUAGCGUUUGAACCCGACACCAGGGGGUUUACUGAAACGAUUUCAUGACCAAGAUACACACUGUCCACAUGGAGCACACGAUACCAUGUAUUAAAUAGGAAUGAUAUGGGAUAACAGAAGACUGGGCGUUUAUCACGAAGCUGGGUCUGGAGCGAGGGAUUCAAGGAGUCAGAGCGGAAUAGUUUGAGCGCGUUGUCGGGUUAUUUGAUGUCACGGUCUACCGAUCAGUCGCACACGAGCACACGCACAGGCAAGGAGUAGGUCGGCUGUAUCUCAGUCUGAAUUGAACCAGAUGUUGAAAUGAGAGCACUCCUCAGAGAUAUUCUAUAACUUUACCAAUAUUAUCCGAUUUUCAUUGUA